GCCAAACGUUAAAAAAUGUCGCAUAACUAUCUGGUGACUGCUCAAAAGCCUACGGCGGUUGUUGCCAGCUUGACCGGGAACUUCACAUCGCCUACGGACUUAAACUUAAUUAUUGCACGGAUUAAUCAAUUGGAAAUCGAUUUGGUGACGCCUGAGGGGCUGCGUUCACUUAAAGAAAUCAACAUCAAUGGCAAGAUAAUGGCAAUGAAACUCUUACGUCCACCGAAUAGCAAUAAGGACCUGCUGUUUAUAUUAACCAGUCGAUUCAAUGUGAUGAUACUUGAGGUGCAACUAGAGGGGUCUGCUAUAACGGUUAUAACAAAAGCUAUAGGUAAUGUAUCUGACUCAGUGGCAAUAGAAUCCGAAAACGGUUUCCAAGUCGUCAUUGAUCCCCAAGCUCGUGUCAUCGGCAUGUGUCUGUAUCAGGGACUAUUUACUAUUAUUCCCUUGGAUAAGGAUAUGACAGAGUUAAAAGCAACAAAUUUGCGCAUGGAUCAUUUUCACGUUGAUGAUGUGGAGUUCUUGGAUGGGUGCCCAAAUCCUAAAUUUAUUUUCAUAAAUAAAGACUACGAUGGACGCCAAGUAAAUGCGUAUGAGAUCGAUUUGCGUGCCCUCGAGCUUGUGAAGGUUGCUUGGAAGCCGGAUAUUGUGGAUCCAGGAGCAAAUAUAUUAAUACCAGUGCCCUCGCCAAUUGGCGGUGUCAUUGUAGUUGGAGAUAAAUUCAUUGUGUAUUAUGAAUGCGGAAUUUAUCGUAUAGUGGCGCCAAUCACUUAUCGGCAAAGUAAUUUCAAUUGUUAUGGACGUAUGGAUAGCAACGGUUUGCGCUAUUUGCUGGGCAACAAAGAUGGAGAGCUAUUUAUGUUAUUACUCGGCACCAAUGAGACCAGCAAUCGCAUCACUGUCAAGGACAUUAAAAUAAUGCGGCUGGGCGAGAUUUCCAUACCCAAAUGCAUAACAUAUUUGGAUAAUAGUUUUGUAUACAUUGGAAGUCAUCAUGGCGACUCACAAUUGGUUCAACUUAGGUCCGAAGCUAAGGACGGCUCGUAUAUUAUACCCGUUAAGAAUUUCAACAAUAUAGCUCCAAUUUCGGAUAUGGCAGUUGUGGAUUUGGAUCGACAGGGCCAGGGUCAGAUAAUAACCUGCUCUGGAAGCUCUAAGGAUGGCUCAUUACGCAUAAUACGCAUCGGUAUUGGCAUGCAGGAGCAUGCCUGCAUCGAUUUGCCUGGCAUCAAAGGUAUGUGGUCGCUAAAAGUGGGAAUUGAUGAUACUCCUUAUGAGAAUACACUGGUGUUGGCCUUUGUGGGCCAUACACGCAUCUUAAUGUUAUCCGGCGAGGAGGUGGAGGAAACUGACAUACCCGGCUUUGCCAGCGAUUCGCAGACUUUCCUUUGUGCAAAUGUGGAACAUGAUCAGCUCAUACAAGUGACAGCGGAAAGUGUACGUUUGAUCAAGAGCGCUACUAAAGCUUUGGUGUGCGAAUGGAAACCAGAGGGAGAUCGCUCCAUAGGUGUGGUCUCUUGCAAUAGCACCCAGAUUGUAGCCGCUGCUGCGCGUGAUAUAUUCUAUAUAUGUAUUGAGGAUGGUAAGUUGGUGGAGAAGUGCCGCAAGACCUUGCCCUAUGAGGUGGCUUGUCUGGAUGUAACGCCACUCGAUGAGAGCCAAAUUAAGUCCGAACUCGUUGCUGUGGGCUUGUGGACUGAUAUAUCUGCAGUUAUACUAUCGCUGCCUGAUCUGGAGACUAUCUAUACAGAAAAACUAAGCGGUGAGAUCAUACCCCGGUCCAUUCUGAUGACCACAUUUGAGGACAUACAUUAUCUGCUUUGUGCACUGGGCGAUGGCUCCAUGUUCUAUUUUAUACUGGACAAAGUCACUGGACAAUUGAGCGAGAAGAAAAAGGUCACAUUGGGCACACAGCCCACAACGUUGCGAACUUUCCGUUCAUUUGCCACAACAAAUGUUUUCGCUUGCUCCGAUCGUCCGACAGUUAUAUAUUUGUCGAAUCAUAGGCUUGAAUUCACGAAUGUGAAUCUCAAAGAGGUUAAUCACAUGUGCUCCCUGAACGCACAAGCUUAUCCGGACAGUCUUGCGUUGGCCACAAGGAACUCUGUUAUAUUGGGAACCAUUGGUGAGAUUCGAAAGAUGAAUAUACACGGAAAGGUGCCGUUGGGCGAGGAACCGAGACUAAUUUCCCAUCAUGAGGCCUCCCGGACGUUUGGGGUUGCAACCGUGCGCAUCGAUAUAAUUGGGCAUGAUGGUGCAAAACCUUUGCGUGAUAGUGCCUCCACACAGACAAAGAAUAUUACAUGUUCCCCUGUAUUUCUUCCACCUCCUCCACCUCCUCCACCUCCUCCUCCUAUGCCUGAGGUACCCAAGGAGUUUGAUGUGCAUAAUUUGCUGGUUAUUGAUCAGAACACAUUUAAAGUCUUACACGCACAUCAGUUUGUGCCGCCCGAGAAAAUCUCAGCGCUAAUGUCAGCCAAGAUGGGUGAUGAUCCCAAUACUUAUUACGUUGUGGGCACCUCGCAGGAGCGGGAUGUGGGACGUAUUUGUAUGUUUGCCUCUUGAAGGAAUAAUAAACUUAUCCAAGUGGCUGAAACAAGACUUGAUGCACCCUGCUUCGCUCUAGUGGAGUUCAAGGGCAAAGUGUUAGCCGGUGUUGGCGGAUGUGUGCGUCUCUACGAAUGGACCAAGGAGCAAGAGCUGCGCAUGGAGCUUUAGCUAUCACAACAUGAAUUGCUUUGCCUCGUUCCUAAAGGCUAAGGAAUGAAUCUAAUUCUUGUUGCUGACAUGGAUAGGCCUAUUACGUUGCUAGAACACAGUUCGAAUGGCGGCGAUGUCAUUGUAAAAAAUUGGAAGUGAUUGCGUACGGAAAAGUGGAUGCAACGCCGUUGAGAAUACUUGGCGAUGAAGCGCUUCUUGGGUUUUGAUAGGCGUGGAAAUCUGUUUAUCAGCCGAAAAGCAAGAAACGUAAGCCGAAAUCUGAUAAAAAUUUUACUUUAAUCCUGGCGCGUUUUUUAUUUGGACGAUACGAUUAAUGUGUUUCGCCAUGGCUCCUUGGCAAUGCCGCCGAAUGUGGGCGAGCGCAUCACGCCAAUCAAUGGAUACGUACUCUAUGGCACCAAGAAUGGCGCCAUUGGGAUUGUCACUCAAAUACCAAAAAACUCAUUUGACUUUUUCCGUAGUCUGGAGGAGCGUCUUAAAAAUAUUAUACAGCCAGUGGGCAACAUCGAUCAUAAUUCUUAUCGUCGUUAUCGAAUUAAUAAUAGGGUGGAACCCAGCGAAGGAUUCAUUGAGGGCGAUUUAAUGGAAAGUUUUUUGGACUUGAGUUGAGAUGAAAUGCAUGAAGCUGUUACAGGACUAACGUGGAUUAAGAAUGGUGAGCGCAUAGAUGCAGUUGUAGAAGAUGUCAGUAGGAUUGUCGAGGAUUUGACACGAGUGCUGUUUGGUCAUGCAAGGCCAAUAAAUUUGACUCCUCAGCUACGAACAGCUGAUCUAGUAUAA